ACAGUUUUUGUGGUUUUCCAAAAGACUCAUUAAUUGGUAAUAAGGAUUUCAAUUAUUCAUGCUCUUCUGAUGCUGAUAUUUCUCUAGUGAUGAUAAUUGCCUUUUCUACCUUCAAUGGCAUGGUCUUUUCAAUAGUCCUUGUGUGUUGGGGAAUUCAUGUUUUUUGUCCCACUCACGAUGAGUUUGGAAAUGAGGAAAGAAAGAAUGGAGACAUGCUUUCAAUUUGGAACUAUGAUGGAAAAAUUGCAUUUGAAGACAUAAUUAAAGCCACGGAUGACUUUGAUAUCCGGUAUUGCAUAGGAACAGGAGCUUAUGGAAGUGUAUAUAAAGCACAACUUCCCAGUGGUAGAGUUGUUGCACUGAAAAAGCUUCACAAAACAGAAUCUGAAAAUCCAUCCUUUUACAAGAGUUUCUCUAAUGAGGCCAAGAUCUUGACAGAAAUUCGCCACCGUAACAUCAUUAGGCUUUAUGGUUUUUGUUUGCAUAACAAGUGUAUGUUUUUGGUGUAUGAGUAUAUGGAAAGGGGAAGCUUAUUUUAUAACUUGUUUAAUGAAGUGGAAGCUCAAGAGUUGAAUUGGAGCAAGAGGAUAAAUAUCGUAAAAGAGAUAGCCUAUGCCUUGGCUCACAUGCAUCAUGAUUGUACUCCACCUAUUGUUCAUAGAGACAUAAGCAGUAACAAUAUUUUGUUGAACAUGGAGCUACAGGCUUUCAUCUCAGACUUUGGCACAGCAAGACUUCUUGAUUGCCAUUCAUCAAAUCAAACUCUUCUUGCUGGUACUUACGGAUAUGUUGCUCCAGAAUUGGCUAGCACCUUGACUGUGACUACAAAAUGUGAUGUGUAUAGCUUUGGAGUGGUGGUUUUGGAAACAAUGAUGGGUAGACAUCCAGCUGAAUUGAUUUCUUCUUUGCCAGAACCAUCCAUUCAAAACAAGAAGCUGAAAAAUAUAUUGGACUCACGAAUUCCACUACCAUUUUUUCGAAAAGACAUGCAAGAUAUUGUCCUUGUUGUAACAUUAGCGUUGGCAUGCUUGUGCCCCCACCCAAAAUCCAGACCAUCAAUGCAGGAAAUAGCUAAUGAGCUUUUAGUUUCCAAGCCACCAAUGCUUUGGCAUUUUGAUGGCAUUUCCAUCCAUCAACUGAUGAAGCAAAAGAUAUAUAUAAUUGGCAGAAGUUAGGAUAACUGUGAUGAAAAUUUGU